GGUAACUUAAGUAUAAGACUAUCUUAAGAACCUUAAUUAAGCUAGCUAGCUACUUAGGAAUCGACAUGGCAGGGAGAGAGGAGGAUGUCAAAAUAGGAGCAAAUAAAUUCUCAGAGAAGCAGACGAUAGGGACGAGAGCACAGAGCUUUAGAGACUACGUAGAGCCACCCCCGGCUCCACUCUUCGAACAAGGGGAGCUAAUUUCUUGGUCCUUUUACAGGGCGGGGAUCGCAGAGUUUGUGGCGUCCUUCCUGUUCCUCUACAUCACGGUGCUUACGAUCAUCGGGGUGAAGCGCUCCCCCGGCGCGUGCGCUAGCGUAGGAUUGCAAGGCAUCGCAUGGGCCGUCGGGGGCAUGAUCUUUGUCCUCGUCUACUGUACUGCAGGCAUAUCAGGGGGGCACAUAAACCCUGCGGUGACGUUUGGGUUGCUGCUGGGCCGUAAAUUAUCGGUCCCAAGGGCGGUGUUUUACAUGUUGAUGCAGUGCUUGGGUGCCAUUUGCGGUGUUGGAAUGGUCAAGGGGCUGCAGUCGGCGGAGUUUGAGAUGCUGGGGGGCGGUGUCAACAUGGUGAACCCCGGAUACAGCAAAAGCGCUGGCCUUGGGGCCGAGAUCAUCGGCACUUUUGUCCUCGUUUAUACCGUCUUCUCCGCAACUGAUGCCAAGAGGAGCGCCCGAGACUCUCACGUCCCCAUUCUGGCGCCGCUGCCCAUUGGAUUCGCCGUGUUCCUGGUGGCAACUUGGCACACAAAUAUCUAUCAUCCGGGAACGCGCAUCAACGCCAGCAGAACCUCUGGGAGCAGCGCCGUUUGUCCUAAUCAACAGCAAGGCGCGUGGGACGACCAGUGGAUAUUCUGGGUGGGUCCCUUCAUCGGAGCAGCUAUUGCAGCCAUCUACCAUCAGAUUGUCAUCAGGGCCAUCCCCUUUAAAACCAAGCCCUGAUUACUACUUACUUCCUGAUCAGCUGUGUAUGUGUUCAAAAACCGGGGGCUUUGUUUAAGCUUAUGUACAAUCGAUCAUGUAUUUUUUUCCUCUUUAAUACUACUGAAUACAAGGAACU